AUGACUAAAGUUGGUCUUAAAAUUACAAAAUAAUAAAAGAUAGUAUUGAAUUAGUAAUAUUAUGAAAUAAAAAUCGAUAAGUUUUAACCAAUAGCUAAAAUAAUUCAUCAAUUUAAAAGCACAAACAAAAUUAAUGGGGAUUUCUUAAUUUUCAAAAACAGUUUUGGUCCUUUAAAUCCAAAUGAAAUUUACAACAAUUAGUAUCAACCACUUGAACCUCUUUGGAUAGGAGAAAUUCAAUUAGAAUUAGUAUACAAAAUAAAUUUUGAAUAAGAGAUUAAGGAGAUUAGGGUCUCAAAAGAUCUGUAUAUAUUUGAUCUAAUUAGAAUUAUUAGAAUGCCAUCUAAAAUUGAUAAAACAAUUUCAUUAAAGUUAGAAUACAAGUUUACAAAUUAUACACUGGAUAUUAAGAAUACAAUUAAAUAAGAAUGUGUAUCACCAUUCAGUAGUUUAACUCUUAUUAAAGAGAUUUCUGAUAAUAAAAUCAAUAUUCAAUUAGUUGAUAAAUAAGCAUAAAAAAAUUAAGUUGUGAGUAUUUAUAAGUUCGAGUAAUUCAUGAUUAUUAGACUUAAAAAAUUUUUUAUUGUGUGUGAAUAUAUAAAAGAUAGAAAUUGUAGUUUAUAACAAUUAGAAUUGAAAUCAGAAUGCAUUAUUGAGUAUAACAUAUAGUCUUAAGAUUAAGAUAGUAAUUCUAAUAGAGUUGAGUUUUAUAAUGUUUAUACAAAAAUAAGUAUUUAAAAGAGUUAAAGGUUCAAAUAGUAUUUCAGAUGA